UUAAAGGUCGGCGCAGCAAGCACCAUAUCACACUUAUGCCUAUCAGAUCAGCACUUAAUGAAGAUUAUUUUGACCGGCGCUUCAUUGACUGACUGAGAUAACGCGGAAAUCAUGGGUUGUUGACCUGACGCGAAUGUCAUUCUUUGCACGUUGUUUCGGGCGAGCCCCCUCGCCUGAGCCCAAGAGUUCGCCACCACAGCCCACGGUUGUGGAAGAUGUAACUCGUGUCCAGAACGGGCUGUAUGGGCUUGCGACUGGAGCGCUUGACACCGGGCUUCAGAACGCUGGCCUUGCAACAUAUAUGACAACCGUGGAUGAUGCUUACAACGUCAUACCGCUGAACGUAGCGUCGCCCGGUGGCGCGACCAAUUGGGGCCCUGCAUCAUCUGGGAAGCCGGCUGCUGACGCCGCACGAGGUCUUGGCGCUGGUGGACAUCUUCGUGGUCUGGGGACAGUUUCCGAGCCUUUGCAACAGUAUACGCAUGACAGUGACAUGGAGAAUUCGGGGGAGCACCAUGGAGUGCCCUGGAUUCCCGAGGGAGACGAGCUUGAAAACGACCCGCCAGCUCUCGCGCCGUUCCUGCUGGUCGACAACCCAGCUGAUCCAGAAGCAACCGAGCUUGGGGAUUUCUGCGACUCGAUGCUCUUGUCGAUGCAACAUCGCCUGAAGGUGGACGCAGAGCUUUCUACUUUCCGCCAGAUGACAUCACUGGUGUCGGGCCAGCUGGUCCGCCUGUCCAUGAACCAAGCAACCUAUGGGGCCCAGCCCAGCGGCGCCGCAUUUCCUGCGUCCGGUGUCAUCAGUGGGUUUGCAGAUCCAGGGGCCGGCGGUGGCGGUGGAAGCUUCAUGGGCCCGGGCGCCGGCGCCGUGGCCAGUGCGAACUCCCUCACACGCCACGAAAAGCGAUUGCUGGGCACCUUUGAGGCAUCCUCCCGUGCCAUUUCCGGCUCAGCAGGGGGGCCGCCGCGCUUCCAGCAGCCGUCCAUCACCCCAGAUGGUUCGGCGGGCCAGUCCUACCUACAGCACCAACAUGCAAUGGCGGCAGGGGGGCAGGGACCGGCCAACGCGGGUGGUGGCAGUGCCGGCCGCGGCAUGCUGUCGGGCCGCGGCAAUAGCUCCAGCCAGCGCCGGCAGCGCACCCGGGCGUUGCUGCAGUACGAGGGCUUGGCUGUUGCGGGCCGUUUGUCCGGGCAGCCGUUGGGUGGUCAGAGUCCGAUCAGCAGGCCGGGCUACGAGGUAAAGAACCCCACGGCACAGGGUACGGGCGUGCGGCAUGGGCAGCAAUCGCAGCAACAGGGCGACCGCGGCAGCGCGGGGCAGCUGGUGUCUGAUGAGGAAAUGCAGGCGGCCGAGGCGGGCCAGCCUCGCGACUUGACGUCUUGGCUGGACGUGCUCGCACUGCCGCAGCAACAUCACCACCGGGCGCUCGAGCAGGGACCAGACCUGGUGCCUGUGCCGACAUCCGACACGGCCUUGCAAGUGCUGUCACAGCAGCCGAGCCGCCAGGCGCAUGGUGCGCACGCCAACGGACACAGUGCGUCUCCUGCGGGGGCGUUGCUGGGGGCGCGGCCUGGGGCCGGCAGCGGUGUGGUGGGCGGCAGCAGUGCGCUGGGCGAGCAGUCAGGACCUGCCAUGAACGGUGGCGUGGACGGCAUGAACUGGGAGAUACUGCCGGAGCACCUGGCGCACCUCACACCACUGCACCGCCAGCAGCUGCAGCUGCAGCAACAGCAGCAGCUGGGUGCCUCGGCGCCCCGCAGCGGCGGUGCCGGCGGAACCGCAGCCCGCACAGCUGCUGCCGGAGCUCCGGCAGGAGGAGGAGUCGGGAGCCAGCCUCAGGACAUAGGCGCAUCGUUGGGGAUGAUGGGCCAGGUGUCUGUCGACAUGCAUCACCGGCUCAACCUGCCCGCCGUCGGCUCCCUCGGCCCUGUGGGGCCCGGCGGGCUGCCGCCGCCGCCGCCGCUGCCGCCGCAAGUGGAGCAGUACCUGGUGCUGUCGGAUGUGUCGCCGCCGCAGUUCCAGACGCAGCCGGCGGGGACGCCGAGCACUGGCGUGGAGCCGGAGGUGGAGCGCGGCGACAUGGCCUGGGGCGGCACGGCCGGCUGGGUCGCAUCUCCCGGGUCCAGCGGGCUGACACCGGCUGCCGGCAGCGGCGUGACGGGUCGCCAGCCGCGCCCCGUGGCGCGGCACGCCAGCGUGGGGACCGGCAUCAGCAUCGCCAGCGGGCGGCCGCUGCGGCCUAUCCCAGAGCUGGCGGCGGCGCUGACCAGCGCCACCGAGAGCCAGCUGCAGGCUCACCUGCAGGGCAGUGCGCCGCUGUCGCAGGCGCAGUCGCAAUCACACGCCGACGCCGUGGCUGCCAUGGCGGCAACGGCCGCCGCGGUCACGGCCUCGGUCACGGCCGCCACUGCCAACAGCGGCUCGCACGCGGUCGGAUCCGGGGCGGCCGCUGGAGCGCACCGCGCGCGGGCACAGCAGCAGUUCCCGACACAGCCGCAGCCCAUUUCCACCCUGGUGCAGCUGCGCGCGAUGGGUCGCGCGGCGCGAACGCCCGGCGCCUCCGGCGGCGCUGGUGACGCACUGACGGGCGGCAGCUCCGGCGACGUGACGGGCGGCUCCAUUGCCAACCUGGGGGGCGACCGCAGCUCCAAGUUACGCCGCAAAGUGCUGGGCCGCGGCGCCGGCGCCGGCCACGCGGACGCAGCGCACCACGCACUGAUGGCGCAGGGCUUGACCAGCCGCUCGGCGUCGUGGUACAGCGGCGCGCCGGCGGCGCACGCUGACCCCAACCGCGUGGCUCCCGACCGCCCCGUGGAGCUGCGCGUGUGCCGCACGCCCAGGGACCUGCUGGACGGCAUCGCGGACCUGAGGCCGCUCGAGCAGCCCGCCGAGGAGGAGCCGGAGAUCCAGAUGGAGGCGGGGCCCGGCGGCGUGGGCAGCUUUGGCGGCAACGGCGUGGGUUCGCGAACGAGGUCGGAGGUGUCUGGGGCGGCGCUGCAGCGGGCGCGGCGGAACUCGACCUCCGUCGGCAUGGAGGCCGGCCGGCCGCACUGGCAGCGGCCCAGCAGCGCUCACGGGCAUGCGCAACAGGCGCCAUCAACCGCCGUCGCCGCAAUGGCGGCGGCUGGGGAAGGAGCAGGAGGAGGAGGCCGGGCGGCGGCGGUCGGCGGGUGGAUGGCGGUGACUAUCGCGGGCAGCGGCGCGGCGGGGGCCGGAGAGGCUGCGGCCGGUGCAGUUGCAACGGGGCGGUGCCGCAGCAUCAUGCUCCAAGGCCGCUGGCAGGGCCGGCCCGUGGCGGUCAAGGUGGUGGCGGGCGCGGGGCUGGACCCGCGCAACGGCUGCCUGGGGGCGGCGCUGACCGCCUCCGCCGUCAUCCACUCCACCUUGGUGCGCGUGUACGGCGUGAGGCUGCUGCCGGCCGGCCUAGCCGCCGUGGCCGGCACCGCCCAGGGCUUCGGCGCCGCGGCCCUGGGAAGCGGCGGCGCCGGCGUGUCCGGCGCGUCCGCGCUCGUGCUGCCGCCUGUGGCGAGGGUGGUGGCGGCGCACGCGCGUGCUGCGUCGGAGGCACUGGCGGCGCUGCGGCCGGAGGCGGGCGAGGGUGUGCUGGUGGUGGUGAUGGAGCUGUGCGGCAGCGGCUCACUGGAGCCGCUGACGCGGGCGCCGCUGUACUCGCCCUUCCGGCCCAGCCGCUCCUGGCCCGCCUACCUGGCGCGGCGCGCGCUGCUGCGCACCGCCAUGGAAGUGGCGGGCGCGCUGGGGCGGCUGCACGCCUGCGGCACGGCGCACGGCGGGCUGCGGCCGCGCAACCUGCUGCGGGUGGCGGCCGCCGACGACCGCCGCAAUUUCUGUGUCAAGGUGUCGGACGCGAGCCUCAGUGUCAGCUCGCUGCAGCUGGCCGCAGCCACCUGUGCCCAGAGCGCCGCCGCCAGGACGCACACCCGCUCCGACAGCAUUGACCGGCUGGGGCUGGGGCUGGUAGUGGUGCCCGCCGCCCCCGGCCUGAACCGCACUUUGGAUGGCCCGCCCGACGGCGGCGCCAGCCAGCUCACGUCCGAGGCCGUCUCCAGGAUGGCCCACCCGGGUGGCCCCGGCAGCACAGCCGGCAGCCACUACGCCGCGCCCCCUGCCUCCAACACCCCCGCGCGAUUGGCUCGCGUGGGCAGCAGCGGCCACAGCGCUGGCGGCAGCCCGGCGCCGUCGCCGUCACCUGCCCGGGCGCAGGCGUGGGGCACGCCGCAGCAGGCGCCCACGUCCGGAAGCGUGUCGCACCUGGUAUCGCCGUCCAUGGCGGCCGCAGCAGCGGCGGCGGCGGGGCUGACGGUGGAGGCGGCGGCCGUGCUGGCCGCCCCGGAGGCGCUGCUGUGCCCGCAGCUUGAGGACCUGCUGUAUGUGGCGCCCGAGGCACAGCUGGAGCCGGCAGCGUGCCUGAACACCGCGGCCGCGGACGCUUAUGCGUUCGGCGUGUUGCUGUGGAGCCUGGCCACCGGCGAGCAGCUGCCGCCCGAGCUGGCGCUGGCAGAGCCGGCGGCCCGCACCGCCAAGGUGAGGGCCGUGCUGGCCGCAGCCGUGGCGCGCCGGCAGCAGCAGCAGCAGCAGCAACAGCAGGGGCUGGGGCUGUCGCGCCUGAGCAACACGGACGGCGGCGAGCGGAGCAGCGGGCGGCUGCAGGCGCCGGGGCUGCUGGCGGCGCCGGGGUGGCCGGCGGGGCCGCACGGGCACCUGCAGCCGCUGUACGAGUGGUGCGUCAGCCCCGCGCCCGAGGAGCGACCCACCAUGGACCAGGUGGUGGCGGAGCUGCGGCUGCUGGAUGAGGCCGUUCGCAGCGAGCGACCCAAGUCGCGAGCAGUCGCCGCCGCCGGGUACGCCGCCAUGACAGUCACCUCGCUCUCAGGCGCGGGCGGCGCUCGUGCCAAUAGUGGGGGCGGGGGCGGGGGCUACCCUAUGUCUGGCUACAUGGGCUAAGGGAGGCCGCCAGGCUGCGCUGCCGGACGGCAGCGGUCCGACGACCUGGCCGGGACUGCGGAGGUGACGACAGAGGCUGUGUGCACUGCUGCCUACGGAAUACUGAGGCCUUGGGCAUCGGGGUGUGGCUCUCUUGGGAGGUGUGUGAUGCACUCAUGGUUACCGGUAGGUGUCAUGCCUGUCGGAAACAACACCAGGACCGGCCCCGGCACCGUGACGGAGGUGUGACGGUGGCACUGUGUAGGGGCCGUUGCUUGGGUGAACGGCGAGCCUCUCGGUUGGCAGGUUCCUGAAGCAACACGGCGGAAGACCCGGCAUGACCUGCCUGUGCGAGUCUUCUUUCAGCUGAGGGCAUUCCGUGCCGUCUCAUGGUUUCAUGCAUCACAUCUUCCAGCACCACCACGCCUAGGCACCAUGCCAGGUGGUUGUAUGGGUGCAUGACCGCAAUGCAUACAUGCGCUCUUCCACGGCUACCAUGCACGCAUCGGAGGGAACGCACGGUGCUUGAAAUUAAUGGGACUUAACAAUGCAGUAAUUCUUGGUGAAGCCGGUUGCUCAUCAAGAAAUUGUUUUGGGUUAGCAUCGGUACAAUCUAUGCCCGGACUAAACCCUCACCAUUCACUGGGUUACUGUGCUCUGUGUGAGUCUGCGGGUCUGCUCGUUGCCAUUCUUAUCUCAAUUGUGUCGUGCCGCACGCAUGUACUGGAGCUUGUGGGGCCUUUAUACACUCCACGCAAUAUGCUUCCUAUUGUAGAUUUGACAAAGAAGCUGGAGCGUGCUCAACGUAAUGUGCAUUACGUAUGAGCUGAUGCAUGUGAAGAUGAAGUCUGUCGUCUGGGCCCGGCCUUUAUCAGGCCGUUUGGCACAUGGCGUAGGCGGUGGGAUUCGAAGGGCGGAGUGGAUAAUGCCAAUGGAUGGUGUCACGUCUGGGCGUGCUUCCGCAGCGGUGGAGAUCUCGAGGGUUGCUCAGAGCCUUAGGCGCGCGCGUGUGUGUUGGAGGGCGCAUGCGUACAUCGCAUGCCUGUGCAGUGGGACACGCGUCAAAAGUUGUGGAAUAGGGGCUUGCCUGAACCAAGUCGGGAAGUCAAAAACCGUUGGUACCGGUACCUUGGGUAUGCUGAAUGUGACGAAUCCAGGAAAGGAAUGCGCUUUGCAAAGGUGUAGCCAGGCAGUCGGCUGAGGGAGCAUUAUGGCCCAGGGAAGCCCACCCGCCCUUCUGCAACGAGCUAUGAGGAGCGGUCAACACACAUGUCACCGUCGCACUGGGUCCCGUUGGUGAGGAUGGUUGAAGGGCUCAGUGCUCUGGAGGAUUGGGGCGCGACAACAAGAUGGGAACGGGUGUGAAUGCGGCAUCACAAGACGUCAAGACGGCACACGUCGACUCGAUAGGUGCGCUGGCAUGCUGCAUUCGUGCAAUCUGCUGUGUGUGGGCGAGGCGCUACUGGUGUGCGCCGUGGUCUGCUGGACGAUGUCAGCCAGUGUGAAGGCACAUCACACUCAUGUAGGUCAGUCCUUUGCAUGCCCCUAGGUGCUCUGACGAUGUGAAGGUAAUAAGGUAUGGGCUGUAUCCAGUGUGGUGUUACGUCGUGCACGGCGACGGAUGGUUGAGCGCCGCAUGCGAUUUGGUCGGGGUGUAUCUACAGAAGUAUCUUCGUUGAGACGUUUGCUAUGGCGUUCUGGAACGAUGCAGUAUUGGCGGCUUGAUUAUGACGCACUGGGGUAGAGCUCAGGGGAGGGUGGAGCUCGAUCGGUUGAAACUUGCUUCAGCGUCCUGAUACGGGGAACAUUCUUGAGUGUGACGCACUGAAGGUGGGCUAAAUUGUUGCGCCGGGAAGUAAGCGUUCGAGGGCACCAUGGGACGGGGGCCGCUGGGGGCGUGAUGACAACGCGCAGGACAGCCUGACAACUGUCGGGAACCCUCCGCGCACUAAAUUCCUAGCGUACUGAUUACUUGCUUUGCCUAAGCUGUUGGGGCACUGACGUAUGCAUGAUAGUUUGCUUGUUGCUACCGUACUCUCAACCGGUCAACCUUGCGGUCAAUUGGGUGUUUGUCUCGCCGUUGGCUAUUGCUUGAGCACCAACACCGAGUACUGGGCGACCCUAUGUGCAUUCAAUAGCAUAAGUUCAGGUUUGUUUCUUGUAAUUCGCAUUCACUAGCAAGCACUUCGCUAAUGUAACGAGACGUAGCG